AUGCCACUCGAGCCGGUGGAGAGUGAUGUACUACCGAAGGAGAAAUCAGCGGGGGAGACUCAACAAACCCCGACGUCUUCCUUCGAGGCGAUGGUAGGGGAGCAAUCCCUUGCGGCUUCGGCUGCCACAUCGAGUGCCGAGGAGCCUGCAUCGGAUCUGGAAGGGGAGAAGGUUAAUCCUAGAACGAACCCAAUCCUAUUGGAAACUCCAAUGGGUGGCUGGAAAUCCAGGAAGAAGAAAUCGAGAUUCGGUGGGGGAGAACUGGGAGCCGCUGCACCACCGCCGCUAGGAAAGACGACGAAAAAGGAAUCGCCGGUGAGGGAUCUGUUGGGUAUGAAGACGCCGACCGUGGAAAAGAAGCUGAAAUCGACGAAGCUGAAAUUGACGCCGAAAAUGAAAAAGGGAAAGACAAGGCCGAUGGAGACGCUGACCGACGAGAAUUGGAAGGCAAAGCCGGGACCGAAAUCGAGCCGCCAGCCUCGUCGCUUGGUGGGUUGUCCGCUGCCGGUGAGUGAGGCGAAGAAGUCGAGGUCGAAAGUGGACGGACGUCCCUUCAAAUGUAGGGGCGCCUCGCCGUCGAGGAAGGAGAAGAAGAUUGGCGGCGGCCGAACCCUUUGCUUGUCGUCCGUCGGGGUGGAGAAGAAGCCGGCGCCGAGAGCGUCGAGGAAGGAUAAGAAGACGGCAGCUUCUGUGGCGUCCACUGAUGAGGAGGUGCCGCUGGAAGCGAGGUGGGCUGGCCGCAGGAGGAGCCGCUCGCCGGCGGCAAAGUCGAAGGAGGAAAUGGAGGAGGGCGGCGCUGGCUCUCUUUUAGCCAUCUGUGGGUCGUCAACCCUAGGGAGCAUCACACACCAGCAUGAUCUAGUGGGUCGCGCGAGACAGCAAGCCGUCCAAAGGGAUCAGGCCGAAUUGGGCUGA